CCACUCACCCUGUGCAUCUCUGCAACCCUUUUGGGUUACUCAACUUUUUUGAUUUCUGUCUUUAUAUCUCAUCUUCUCCAUAGCACUCGAGGAAGCCAUCACAAACAGCAUUACAGAACUUUAAAGAAGCGAAGCCGUUCACCAUGGUUUCUGAUGCUUUGAUCUCAACAAAGCCCACACCAAUCCCCACCCAAGAAGAAGACUCACCUAACCCAUCUUCAGCUCUUCUGCCUUUCAGUACUGAUUCCUCUUCUUCACCCUGUCAAACCCAGAAACGCACCACCACCGUUGUCUUCAUCGCACUCCUCGUUGUUACUAGCAUUGCUCUCUCUGCCGCAUCUGCUUUUGCCUUUCUUUUCUUCUCGCACUCACCCUACUCAUCCUCUUCUUCCCAAUCGUCAAAAUCUUCGGCAUCGGCGGCUCAUGUGGAAUCAAUUGCUCGUCCACUCACCAAACUUAACCACCCGGUUGUUCUCUUGAUUUCAUCAGAUGGGUUUCGGUUCGGGUACCAAUUCAAGACCUCGACGCCUAAUAUUGGUCGAUUGAUCGCCAAUGGAACCGAGGCCGAGAGGGGUUUGAUUCCGGUUUUUCCUACCUUGACUUUCCCCAAUCAUUACUCGAUUGUGACCGGUCUUUAUCCUGCUUAUCAUGGCAUCAUCAACAACCAUUUUGUGGAUCCGGUCACCGGCCAGACCUUCACUAUGGCGAGCCAUGAACCCAAGUGGUGGCUGGGCGAACCCUUGUGGGAGACUGUGGUCAAUCAUGGGUUGAAGGCUGCUACCUAUUUCUGGCCUGGGUCUGAGGUAAAGAAAGGCUCUUGGGAUUGUCCCAAAGGGCUUUGUAUGUACUAUAAUGGUUCUGUUCCUUUUGACGAACGGGUUGAUACUGUUUUAAGUUAUUUUGAUCUGCCUAUCGAUGAAAUUCCUGUGUUUAUGACAUUGUAUUUUGAGGAUCCUGAUCAUCAGGGUCACAAAGUUGGACCUGAUGAUCUGGAGAUAACAGAAGCAGUGGCUAAUAUUGAUAGGUUGAUUGGGAGGUUGAUUCAAGGACUAGAGCAGAGAGGGGUUUUUGAGGAUGUUAGUAUUAUUAUGGUGGGUGAUCAUGGGAUGGUGGGUACAUGUGAUAAGAAGUUGAUUUUCCUUGAUGAUUUGGCACAUUGGAUUGAAAUUCCAGGGAGUUGGGUCCAAUCAUAUACUCCAUUGCUUGCCAUUCAUCCGCCUCCGGGUGUUGCACCAUCUGAUGUCGUCACGAAAAUGAAUGAAGGUUUGGGGUCUGGGAAAGUUGAGAAUGGGAAGCACUUAAAAGCUUAUCUUAAGGAGGAGCUGCCAAGUAGACUCCAUUAUUUCGCUAGUGAUAGAAUUCCACCAGUCAUAGGGUUGAUUGAGGAGGGGUUUAAGGUGGAGCAGAAGAGAACAAAUCGAAGAGAGUGCGGAGGCGCGCAUGGUUAUGACAAUGCUGUUUUCUCCAUGAGGACCAUCUUUAUUGGCCAUGGUCCUCAGUUUGCAAGGGGGCAAAAAGUGCCAUCUUUUGAGAACAUCCAUAUAUAUAAUACAAUUACCUCGAUUCUGAACAUAAAGGGCGCUCCAAAUAAUGGAUCCUCAUCGUUCCCAUCAACUAUUCUUUUGCCUAAUCCUUGAUGGAUAUUGCAAAAGUUUGUAUCUGAUAUACUCUUCGCUGCCCAAGGACCGGCUACAAUCGUGGAGACUGUUAUGAAGCCAUGUGUAAUUUACUAAUUUUAUUUGCCAAACAUGCCAAGGGCUUUGCAGAUUAGGGUAUCAAUAAUCGUAGGGUCCUUUAUGUCACUGAAUUAUGAACAGCUGCGUAUGUAAUGCUAUGCUUAUCACUUUAAAGCGUGUUGUUGCUUCUAAUCAUAUUUCCAAACUUAUCAUUUAUUAUGAACUACGAUGUAGAGUGGAACCAGCAUCCUUAAGUCUGAACUUGUAAUUUUGUAAAAUGCGGUUGUGCUUUUGAAGUAGAAUUGAAUAAAUAUUGACUAUUUGUACAUGGUUU